UCCAUUGUUUCACCUUGAAAAGCUGCAGUUUCCAAGGAAAUGAAACACAACAAAGAAAAAACCAAAAGGAAAAUCUUCGAUCUCUCCCUGAUCUCCAUGGAAUCAAAUUCCAAAGCCAAAAAGAAGGGUAAAAGCCAACGGAAGAAAGACAAGCCAAGGUUAAACGGGACGGAGGUCUCUAACAUUGGGAGCUACAAUUACAGGAUGUUCAGCUUCUUCAACAGGAAGUUUAAGAUCAACGAAGUCAAACCACCUCCCGAUGUUAACAAGGCGUUUUCUUUGUUCACGGAUGAAUCGGUCCAUAUGAACGCCGAUCAGCUCAGACGGUUCCUUGUGGUGCACCAGAACGACGUUAAUACGAGAAUCGAAGAUGCUCAGCAUAUCGUCGAACAGGUUGUGAGCAGGAGGCAUCCUGUGUCGGGAAUUACGAGAAAUUCGUUGAGCCUUGAUGAUUUCUUUUAUUUCCUGUUUUGCGAUGAUCUCAACGGCCCUAUUAGAACUCAGGUUCACCAUGAUAUGACUGCUCCAUUGUCGCACUAUUACAUAUAUACCGGUCAUAAUUCCUAUCUAACUGGGAAUCAACUGAGCAGUGAUUGUAGUGAGGUUCCAAUUAUCAGGGCUUUGCAAAAUGGUGUUCGAGUCAUCGAACUUGAUCUUUGGCCUGGUUCCUCUAGAGAUGAAAUUUAUGUUCUUCAUGGAAGGACCUUGACAAGUCCAGUGUCACUUAUCCAAUGUUUGGUAUCCAUUAAAGAGUAUGCUUUUGUUAGUUCCCCUUAUCCAGUUAUUAUAACAUUGGAAGACCAUCUUACACCAGAAUUGCAGGCUAAAGCUGCUGAGAUGAUCAUUCAAACAUUCGAAAGUAUGCUGUACCAUUCAGAGACGGAUUGCUUAACCGAGUUCCCUUCGCCGGAAUCAUUGAAAUACCGAAUCGUAGUUUCAACGAAACCACCGAAAGAAUAUCUAGAGUCUAGGUCGAAAGACUCUGAUGACGAGAAUUCCCCGAAGUUUACAAAUGAACCAGAAGGGAGUGAAAGUGAGGAAGAAGUUGAAGACUUAAAAUCAGUCCAAGCCGGGGUAUGCGAAUACAGGCGCCUAAUAACCAUACGUGCAGGAAAGCCAAAGGGUGGCUUAAAGGAAGCAUUAAAAGUUGAUGCUGAUAAGGUUCGACGUGUUAGUAUGAGCGAACAGCAGCUCGAGAAGGCUGCUGGAUCUCAUGGACUUGAUGUUGUAAGGUUUACACAGAAGAAUAUCCUGCGAGUCUAUCCGAAGGGUACUCGUUUUACGUCGUCGAAUUACAAGCCAACUAUCGGAUGGAUGCAUGGAGCUCAGAUGGUUGCAUUUAACAUUCAGGGAUACGGAAAACAUCUGUGGGCCAUGCAUGGCAUGUUUAGAGCCAAUGGAGGAUGUGGUUAUGUGAGGAAACCUGAGCAUUUGACUCGACCAUCUGACCAGCUAAUUGAUCCUAAAACAAAAUUCCCAGUGACAAAAACGUUAAAGGUGAAAAUAUACACGGGGGAUGGAUGGCGGUUGGACUUCAGCCACACACAUUUUGACGCGUACUCUCCUCCAGACUUCUACACAAAGAUUUACAUUGUGGGAGUGCCAGCAGAUGAAGCUAAAAGGAAAACAAAGGUCAUUGAAGAUGAUUGGGUUCCGGUAUGGGAUGAAGCAUUCACAUUUCCCUUGACUCUUCCGGAACUGGCACUGCUCCGGGUCGAAGUAUGGGAAUACGACAUGCACGGGAAAGACAACUUCGGUGGACAAACGUGUUUGCCGAUACCGGAGCUGAAGACUGGGAUCCGGUCCGUCCCAAUGCAUGAUAAGAAGGGAGUAAAAUACAGAAAUGUAAGGCUUCUAAUGUUCUUCGAGAUUGAAGAUGUAGACUAGAAUUAUUUAUUCACCGUGAUCGAGUUCAUUACUUUUAACCCUUUGUUUUGCACCACAAUGAGAUUAAUGCAUAUG